UCCAAUCAAAGAUUGUUCGCAGGCUGUCUUUGGUUACUAAUGAACUUUUUCUUCUGAUUCUACGACUCGAAAAUUUCCAUCUUACUUAUCCAAAACCUUCCUUACAGACCUCUAGUUUUGCAUUUUCGCCGUUCAGGAUUAUACCUAUACCAAUCAGAUUUUGUUCGCAGGCUGCCUCGCUUUUUGGGCGCCGAUCAAUUAAGUCCUGAGCUUCGAAAGAAUUCGGGAUCGAUUAAUUAAUCCAGGGAGCAACAACCCGUUCCAUGAUCGGGUAUUUCUUUUAUCUUCGAUCAUCGGACUCCGCAAGGGCGGCGGUCUGACAAGUGAUAAAGGAUCAUGAAUACAUACGAGAACGUGCAGGUCAAAACGUCGCGUUACAAUAGCUCGCUUUCCAUGGCAACAGUUUGUCAUUAUAAAUAUUUUUUAUACUUUUUAUUUCACGGGUCGAUACGAGACGUACGGAAAACAUCUAGUCACGUGUACGGACACCUACUUCGUAAUGGGUAGGUGAUAUUUCCUGAAACCCCCCCGCGCGAAUACCUGCGAGUCAUCCAACGACAAUGGGAAGUAAAGUUGGAACACAACGAUUUCAUUACUUGCCAACUUCCCAAGUCCUGUACUCGGCGGUUCGAUGAGCGCAAAAAUUCAAGGAUUCUAUUCCGUCGAUAUAUCCGAAGAUUGCUAGUCUUCGGUUUCGAAACUCAUCAACCAGAUUCUAGAUUUUGAGAUCUUCAUUGUCGAGAUUUCAUGAGCCCUCAAGAACGAUGAACUCAAUUUGCAGUUUCCUCCCAAUUUUUCCUCCCUUUUUUUUUUUUUUUUUUUUUUUCAAAGAACUCUCUCGAUCGAGCAUCGAUGAAAUUGGCAAUUAUUAGCAAUUUUUUUCCCAUCCCGGCAUCAAUUCCGUCCACUGCGGGGUGCGGGUUGGAGAGUUCUCACAAGUUUUUCGGAUUUUUCCACAACCCCUUACCCCGUACACACGUCCGCAAGCGCGCGCGCGCGCUUUCGAUUUCCGUCAUCCCCACCGCCCUGCGGAAUUCAAAACGAAGUUUUUCCGCAUAUUCUAUUCAGUUUAUAUUUAACCAGUUUACCACCCUCAGCGGCGCAAGAACCGGCAAACUUUUCGAACGAUAUCCUCCCUCGUUCGCAACAAACGUCGCGCUACGGACCGAGGCGCCGAGACGACGACGAGGAGGAAGAGGAAGAGGAGGAGGAGGAGUGAGGAGGAGGGGAAAAUAAGAGGGCGAAAUAAUGGGCUGCGGUUUCAGUCGUCGAGUGGAUCCGAACAACGGCGGCGCGGAUCCUGCGGUAGCGGGAGUUUCGUCCUCGUCGUCGACGACGACGACGGGACCGGAUGCGGCCGCGGCGCGGAGGAAUUCGUCGGCGAACGGAAACAAGAUCGCCGAUUCCUCGGCCCAGGAGCGGCGGGAGUCGUCGGGUCCGCGCCCGAAGGAUUCCUCGCUGAGCUUCGUCGUCCCGAUCGGCGAGCGGGAGCGGGACUCCAAGGAGGGCAGCCUCAUACGGAAGCACCCCCCGAUCAGACUGAGGCGCCUGGAGGAGGAACAGCAGAUACUCAGGACGAAGUUGACCCUCGACGAUCUGGAGAAACGGCAGGCCGAGGCCGAAGAGAGGCGGCGAAAGAUACUCGACUCGAGGGUCCAAUCGGCGCAGCAUUUCCAGCGCAAGGUGCAUCACCAGCAGCAUAAUCGGGAGGAAGAAUCGGAACCGGAAAAGGAAGAAGAGGAAGAAGAAGGAGGAGGAGGAGGGGGAAGAGCGACGCCGAUGGCCAAGGCCAAAACGAAUCCGUCGCCUCGCCUGAGCCGCGACGAAAUUCCUAAAAAUCAUCCCCAGCGCCUCCGGGACUUCCAGGACAGGAAGUCCGGGGACGAGAAUAUCGCAGACUCUCUGGUCAACAACAACAACAACAAACCGCGCAAUCUGAAUCGCGAUCAAUUGAGCUGACAGGAGAGUUCGACGAAAAAUAUCAACGAUAAUUCCACCCACGACUUGACGACGAUUCAGAAAUAACUAAUAUAAAAGAUAUGUACCCAAAAUGCGGGGGAAAUUUCUAUGUAUAUCCGUAUAGGAAUUAUGAAACCUCGUUGUCCAUGACACGCACAGAUCGAAUGCGAGGCCUGGACUAUCUUGACCCGGGUCCGCCAUCUUGCGCAUUAUUAUUAUUUUUUUUUUUUCUUCUCUACCCUCCUCAUUUUUUCGUUGACAAUUUUUUGUCUCGCAGACACCGUUUCGCUCCGAUCUUCCUCACUUACAUACAUACAUACAUACAUACAAUACCUGUGUACAUAAAUUACACGGUAAAAGCCCGCGGAUCAAGGAGGAGCCGUGGAAUAAAAAAAGGAAACUUAUAAAGAAAAAAGAAAAAAACAGAAAAAAAAAAAUUGAAGAAAAGAGUUAAAAACCAAGAGGAGGAGGUACAAUUGUUGUGUGUACCGUAGAGCGUAAUGUAAAAGAGAGGCGCACCGUUCGAGUAGAAUUUUCUCUAUACACGUGCAUAAAAUCCACCCACACUCGGGCGUACGGUAUAUAUAUGUAUAUAUAAUGUAUAUAUAUAUACACGAAUUGUAUAUAUUACUUUUAUGUACAGAGGUAAAGAGACGGGAAUCUCGCUGUGAUGUUGCGGCGCGGUGAGGUUCCUACGGACAUACCUACUUCGGGGGUGGGAGGUCGCCCGGUGGGGCGCAACUUUGAAGUUAGUUUUGCGCCGUUGGUGGACGGGUAGUGGUGGUUUAAGUCGCGAAGAGGAUCCGCGGUAUUUCUCAGGAGCAUAUCGGGAAAAACCGGCGGGAGCCCGCCGACUCCCCGGUAAAAUCCACGUGUUGAAUCCACGGCGGUAUCGUCGUCGCGUCCGACGAGACCCGCGAAGUGCACCAUUAUUAUCGCGGCUGUAUCAUUACGAAUUUAUAUAUAUGUAUACAUAGAUCCGCGAUAUAUAUAUAUAUAUAUACAUAUUAUCCCAGUUAUUACAUGACCCGGAUAUUAUGACAAAACUCUACAAAGUUUAUCACAAGCGAUACAUAUUGGUUUUUCAUCGCUUCGUUUUCGCAAGUUUUUCAUUUUCGUUUUACCCCAUGUGUGAUGAGGUCCGUUAUUGGCGGAAUUGAAAAUUUUCCAAAAAAAUAUCGCCGCGAUAUGCCGCUGCGGUGCCGAUAGCGGUAGGUCUGGCAAUCACCGCGCGUUGUAAUAAAAAAGAAAAAAAAAAAAAAAACAGUUUCAAGAUUCGAUUUUCAAAAAUUAAUCGAUCAGUCAGCCGAUACAUCGACGCCUUAUGAUUAUCGUCGGACGGAUUCCGGUUGUUUCCAUACGAAUACGAUCUUUGAUCGUUGAACGACGUAUUCUUUGAGAAGGAGAAAUUAUUUUUUAUCCAACCCCCGGAUUACCCCCCGAAAUAUGUUUAAUCGGAUAGACGCGAGCAAAUCAACAAAAGGUGCGAGCAAGCUACGAAGAGAUUUGAUAAAUGCCGAAAUAGCUAAUUUACGCGAUCUACUGCCGUUACCAGCUUCCACACGACAGAGAUUAUCGCAGCUACAACUUAUGGCUCUAGUUUGCGUUUUCUUACGCAAGGCGAACUACUUUCAAAGAGCGCUGAAACCGAACCCUCAGGAGUCCUCGAACAUACCCAUGCCGAACAUCGGAUUCUCAAAGGCAAUGUCCGGUUUCAUAAUGAUGAUGACGCAGCAGGGGAAACUCUUGUACAUAUCGGAGAACGCUACCGAAUAUCUCGGACACUCGAUGGAAGACCUUCUGAUCCACGGGGACAGCAUCUACGACGUGAUAGACAAACAGGAUCACGUGGUGGUCCAGAAUCAGUUGUCGAGGAACACGGCCGGCGGGAACAACAGAAGAUUGUUUCUCUGCCGUAUCAACGUUUCCAGAAACACGAGGCGGCAGUUGAGAUUCGGCGACCAAAAGGUGGUGCUCGUGGAGGGUCGUUAUCUGCCGUUCGUUCCGCUCUGCAAUCGGGGAGAUUCCGUGUUCCUAGCGUCCUGCACCCCCGUCGUUUUGCCGGAAACCAGAGAAAGCGUCGUUCAAGGUGCCACGAAUAUAUUCGCCACCAUUCAUUCCAUGGACAUGAAGUAUCUCCACAUCGACAAGACAGCGGAGAGCCACAUGGAAUAUCGGAGGUCCGAACUCGUCGGCGUUUCUUGGUACAACCUCCUCCACUGGGACUCCAUCAGAACGGCACACUGUAAGCAUCAGACCGUGAUACAAUCCGACCAAGAACGUUCCAGCACGGCGUUACUGAGGCUCCAGAGUCGCUCGGGAAAAUGGUUUUGGGUACACUGCGUUCUGCAGGUGAAAGACACCACCGAGGAGUGUCAACAUCCGGUCAUAGUUUGCACCAACCAAGUGCUGAGCGACAGCGAAGCCGAAGUGAUGAGGUCCAGCACCUGGCUCUACCAGUACGCCUCCCAGGCCAAAUUCAGCUACGGUCCGCCACUGGACAACCUGCAACCCCGUCAGAUACUGUCUUACAACAACCACGAGUACAAUUUGAGGAGAAAUCUCGUGACCAGCUACAAUUCGAGCUGCGGCACCACCUCAAACGGCAUAGAGGAGGCCAGGUGCGUGGAGAAGUCCGAUCUGGAGUACACCCUUACGACGAAGAAAAAACAGCAGCAACAGCAGCAGCAACAGCUGAACAGUAUGAACAGUAUGAACCAGAGUCAGCAACAGCAGCAGCAACAUCAUCAUCAGCAUCAGCAGCAUCAGCAUCAUCAUCUCCAGCAGCAUACCUCUUCGUCGCAUCAGGUGAGAGAGACAUCGGAACCGGUGGACAUGUCGAUAAACGGAACGGUCGUGGCCCACUCAUCAGGGGACAUAGAACAAAGGACACUCCACAUACUCUCUCAAGCGUUGACCUUCAACAUAAGGAACAACAAGCAGAGAAAAAGUUCUUCCUCCCUCCUGCAACACCAGAUGCAUCAUCACGGUAGCGGUGUUCUGGGAUCACCCGUCGGCGGUUCUUCAAUUCUGAGGGAAUGCUCGUCGCCCAGAUGCUCGCCGAAGUACGUCAAUCUAACGGACUUGGACAAAAGUACGUACACCGAGGGUACGGAGGUGACGUCCAUAGUUGCGUCGGCGUGUUGCACCGCCACAGCGAUAGACAGUUGCAGUUACAACUCGCAGAGAAGAUUGGUCAUAAAAACGGCGACUAUAGUCGAACCGGCGGAGGUGUGCGCCAACGAGACUUGGGGUGGAGGUUGCGCUUCCGUGGGCAACGUGUGGGCCGACACCCUGCAGAAGGUUCCCGACAUCGUUCAGCUGCAAGAGCUCAGUCCCUGCGUCACGACGCCGACGACACCGUGCACCGACGCGUCGGCCGACUCGGACCUAAGGUCAGGCACUCCGAUUUUCAACUUCGACUGGCCUCCCGAGCACCACGUGCCCAGUCUGAAGCUCAACUUUCGAAACAUCACCAGCCACGAGAGCAGGAGAACUAUGACGCCUCGCGAGAACGUUGUUUCGCACUCACAGCAACCGGGUAUCACGUUGCAGUUACCAGCUAGGAGAAAAAAUUCGACGGCCGGUAACGGUGCGGAAUCGACCAAGGGAUUCGGCAAGUAAGUGCGAACUCCCGAUUAAAUUUUAUCCUGGGUUAUUGUCUUCCUACGAUAUUUUCUGCAGAUUCUAUUUUAGAUAACGUUUUAUUGUACCGUUGUCAAUUGUUGUCCUAAGAUGUAACAGCUGCGGGUGCAGAUGUAAUGAGA